AUGGCAGACGAGGAGGACUCGGGGCCGGAGGCAGAGCCAGCUCCUUCCUCUCCCGCGGAGACCCCUCGUUCCGCCCGGCCUCACUACGUCUCGUUCUCCGAGAGCGUCCAGCCAGCGGUGGGCAUGAUGAGCCAGCUACUCAGCCAGCCUUCCUCCCUCAAAUUCGACAAGAACAUCAAACAGGCCUUCUACAACACAGGGGCGAUGAUUUUCGUGGCUAUCUGUUGCGGAGCGGCUGUGCUAGUCUUCUUUAUCCUGGAAGCCUUUCUGCGACCACUGCUCUGGGCCGUUCUCUGCGGGACCUUCCUCCACCCGUUCAAACACUCCCUAGCCCGGCUGGGCCGCUCCUGGCUCAACGGCCUGCAGGACACCGGGACGCCGAUACUCCUGGGGACGCUGCUGGUCCCUGUGUGGUGUUUCAACCACGGGGUGGAUUUCCUGGGGGGGCUGGUACUGGAGAGGCUCACGGUGCUGCUGGUGAUCGGGGCGGGCGCGCCCCUCAUCUACUUCUUUUACCUGUUCUGGAGCGUGAUUGGCAUGCAGGUGAUCAUCGGGCACGUGUGUGAUGUCAUCGGGGGCGCGCUGGACUGCUUCCACUCUGUGUGGGUGAGUGACAGGGACACUACUGACACUAAGGGGGAAGGCCCCCACAACAAUAAGAAAGGCUUUUCCAAUACUGUAGCCUACAACAGGAUGGGCAGGGGAUAACACUGUAAUGCAGCCCUUACAUGAAUCAAGUACUCAGCUAACUCAAUUAAGAAUUUCAUGAGACCUUUCACAUGCCUUGGCUUAGAGUGUGUGUGUGUGUGUGUGUGUGUGCUUGUGCUUGUUCGUGUGUGUGGACAGGAGGCUACUGUCCAUAACUGAAUAAUUUCCUUAAACUCUUUAUAAAAGAGAUAAAGAACUCUUAUAAAAAAUACUUUCCUUGUUAUAUCUUAGAUACGUAACAUCUAUUUAAUCAUCUUUACUAUCUCAAAUCCUAACAACUCCCUCUCUAGUCUAUACCUCCCUACUCCUCAAUAUUCUACUCUCUUGCUCUCUCCUACUCAUCACUCAUCUAUCUCUCUACAUUGUCUAUGCUCAUACUCCCUCCUAAUCUUUCCACUCUCUAGAUGUCUCUGCUCUAUUACUCCCUCACCCUGCAUCUCUACGCGCUCUCUGUGGUCCUAGAUAAUAGCAGAUGCUCUCGGCAGCAGCUCUCUGCAAACCCUCACAAAUAUAGAGCUAAGCGUUAUCUCUAUCUACUCCCGAAUCUUGUCUCUCUAUAGUCUCUAUCAUGAUAUUAUCUGAACUCCUCAUAUUUACCACUCUAUCUGUCUCUUCUCUUUCUUACACCAUCCCUCAUAUUCUCCUAUACUGUCUCUCUAUCUACUUCUACUCCCUCCCUCAUCUUCCCUCUCUCUGUCUCUCUCUCUCUACUCCCUCCCUCCCUCCUCUUCUCCCUUCCUGUCUUCCUCUCUCUAGGUGAUGACAGUGGUGUUGGGGUAUGUGCUGGCUGUAGCCUGCAAAUGGAGCCCUGUUACAGAGGGAUACCUGAGAACUAUGUCUGUACCUGUCUGGACAAUACUACUCUUCUACCUGGGUGAGGAGAGGGGGAGAGAGGGAGGGAGAGAGAGGAGGAGCUAUGUGAGUGAGAGACAUGCCUGUUCCUGUCUGGACAACACGUUCUAUUCUUCUACCUGGAUACAAACAGGGGAGUGGGAGAGGGAGUAGGAGAGGGAGAUGGAGGGGGGUAACUUUGUAGGUAUUUAUGUUCCAUCAUAAGAUAAGGAAGUGUAUAAAGGUAAAGUGUGUGGCCGUGGCCUCAGGAUAUUUAGUCUUUAGUAUUAAUAGACAGCUGGUAGUGUGCUGGGAGGGAGGGAGGCGGUGGUAACCUUCAGGCUGAAAUGUUAAAAGGUACUGAGAGCUGAGACCACUGCUAGGACGGAGGUAUUUAGAGGCAGAGUAGUAGCACAUUCUGAUGUAGUUUCAACAGGAGUCUACUGUUCAUUAAUCAUCACGCUGUCAUACUCCCCUCUCACCAUAUACCUUCCCCUCUCCCCCCUCUCCCCCAUGCCUCCCUCUCUAGUGUCUCUGACUGGCUCGUGGAGAGUUCCUGUGUUUGUAAUCGUGGUCACGCUCCUCAUUGUGGGCUCUCAAGAGAAACCACCUGUCCCUGGCAACUCAGGUGAGCUGUCAGGACAGGUGUUGUCGUUCGCUGCUAACACCAUCUACAUGGCCAUCUCCUGCAGUAACCUCCGCCUGGGCCCCGAGAGAGAGACCAGCACCAGCAGUGGCUCCACAGGUCAGAUAACACACAAACACACACACACACACACACCACAGUGGUUAUCACAGUCAGCCACAAAAAGCUCUCUAAGUGUUAAUUCUAUAUUAAUUUAAUAGAUGUUGAAGGUUUGGACUGAUUUAAUGACCACUUCCUCACCCUUUCUAUAACUCUUUCAUUCCAAAUAUACUUGUCCCCCCCACCUCCCACAACGCCCGACGCCCACAGCGCCCCCGACGCUCCAGCGCCACCCCGCCCACAGCCGCCGACGACCACAGCCCCCCACGACGCGCACGCCCACAGACACGCCCCCCGCAGCAGCCACAUCACACGCUCGCAGGCCCCACGUUCGCUCGAUCUCUCCCCUCUCGCCUACACGCCACAUCCCCCAUACCUCCCACCCCCCUACGCUCAUCAUCGUCCCCCUACUCAUCAUCUGCCCCCUCCUCUCCACAUCUCCCCCCUACUCUCCACAUCUCCCCCCUACUCUCCUCAUCUCCCCCCUACUCUCCUCAUCCCCUCCUCUCCUCAUCUCCCCCUACUCUCCACAUCUCCCCCCUCCUCUCCACAUCUCCCCCCUCCUCUCCUCAUCUCCCCCCUACUCUCUCUCUGUAGAUGGGGUGGACUCUGUGGGCCCUGGCCCAUCCUGUCCCCCCUCUGUCCUCCCGUUCCCCCGUCGGGCCCGUGCUGAGCUGGGGGGUCUCUUCCAAAAGGAGAAGGGGUCCCAAAGAGCCAGUGAUAUCUACUUUGUCCUGCUGGUCUGGGCUUUUGUACUGGUCCAAGUCUGGCUCAAUCUCUGGAUGCUACAACUACUGCCUAUCCCAGUGGCUGGUAAUAUCUGAAACACUCACACACACUUACACACAGAUACUUACACAGACAGGCACACACACUGACCCAGGCACUCACACCGACCCAGGCGUGCACACACACCAAUGUAUAACAGUGUGUGUGUGUGUGUUGUAGUGUGGGUGUUGAAGAAGCUGGUGGUACGUUUUGGUCUGAAGCGAUUCGCUGAGAAGACUCUGUCGUCAUGGUGGGUAGGACUGGAGAAGUUUGGCCGUGAGCGACAGGACGCCAUCAUGCCUGGACCAAUCAAAGGACUCGUUCAGUUCCUGCUACGCGUUGACACCAAG